UGGUCAAUAAUUCAUAUUGAUAUGAACGAAUGGUUCCUCGGAGCCACAAAUACCACCAAAGCAGCACAGGUCUUGCUGCUGUUCCCAGGUUUGCAACCAACAGACUUGAGCCCUUGAUUUGAAGCUGUUCAUGUGUUAGCACAAACGAACAAGCUAUAUAUUGUCGAGUCCUGAUGAACGAAGACGAGAAAGAGAGAGAGAGAGGUAGAUGAUGCAGGAGGCAUUGUUAACAAAGAAAAAGGAAUUCUGUGUUUUAAAACUUAGCAACUGGCUAGCAGCUUAUGCGAUCUAUCAACUUGAGUAUUUUUACAGAUGAAACUGCAUGAUUUAAGUAAUCUACCACAUCAGAACUGGGAUGACAAGGUGCAAGAAAGAGACUACCAGUUGCAGCUGUACAGGUACUGUCAUAUGAUUGACACGGGCAAAAUAAAUAGCCCAACCAGGCCUAAGGAAGAGGAGGAGGGGAAAGAGGAAAGAGAAACAGCCCAUAAAAGGCCCAUUAUGAUAGCCCCAGCCCGACCGGAGAGGAAGAAGAGAGAAGAAAAAAAAGAAGAAGAGGAAGGGAAAGGCCCAAUUUAACAACUUGUUGGGCCAAAUGGCCUAGACUUCGUCUAAGAUUUGAGAGAACGAAAACAAAACAUUUCAGCCUCGAACAAGCUCAUAUUUUUGGCGCUGUGCAGUCAAGGAAAGCAAACUGGCUUCUAAAGAAGAAGAUAAGUUUUAGGACACUACGAUUGAGACCAAAGCAAACAAAUGGGACCCAAUCAGAUUGUCCAGCGUCAUGUGGUGAAAUCUAACCAUGGUCAAUGGUGUCAGAACGUGUUGCGACGAGUACAUAUAGUCAUGCCAUAUAUAGUUUGAACCCUCCUAUCUUCCCUAUCGAUUGUUUUUCGAGCAUCCUCGCUCGAUUUCGUGGCGACAUAUUGUCUAUCUCUCUCACUCUGUCUCAUACACUCCUUGUUCAAAUACCAGCCAAUUCAAUGGAAGGUCCAUCUGAACUUGUCGGAGGUGAUCAGAAUGAUCAAACUGUCCAACCAUCAGCUGAAGACAUUAGAAAAGAAAAGAGACGGCUAAGAGACUACAGACGUGGUGAGAGAAAGCAGCAAGAGAUAGAACGCACUCAGAGAGAGUUGGGAAAGUGGAAAGCAGAUUAUGCUGAGUUGGAGAAAAACAAUGCCUACUUGAGAGGAAAACUGGAACUGUUCGAAUCCGAUAUGGAGCAAACUAGAGAAACUAACAGGCGACUCGUGCAAAUAGUUGGACAACAGAAUAUUAUGAUCAACAUGCUUCAGAUACUUAUUGAAAUGACUCCUCGCAAUACAUUUGGCACUGGAGAGGCAGACCUACAAGUUCAUCACCCACCAGUUUAUCAAUUUGGAACUACAAUGGUGUCGGGUGGCUCCACCAUGCAAGUGUCGUCUGGGCUGCUUCAAUCACCUGUCCCUCAAGGCUGGGCACAUGGGAACAAUGUUGAGCAGCCUUCCUUAACUUCUGGUGGUGAUCUGUUCGUUAAUCUUAAUCACUUGAACAACACUUAUCCACCUAGAACAGCAAUGGCGUCGGGUAGCUCGCCCAGGCAAGGGUCACCUGUCCCUCAAGGGCAGGCACAUGAGAACAAUAAUGAGCAGCCUGGCUCAACUUAUGGUGAUCAAUUCUUUAAUUUUAAUGGUUGAUCGAGUAAUGAUGGAUAAGUACUGGGAUGGAAGCAACAAUAUCAAUAGACAAGUGUUAUUUGAGCUAUGAAUGUCGGCAUGUACUAGUAAUGCUGGUGGGAAGACAAACAUUUUCAUUUAUCAGAAUCUCGUACUAUAAUUUAUGAGUGUUUUUUAAUGUUUUUCAAUAAGAUAUAUUUGUAACAAUUGAGUGAAUAAUGCUUGAUUAUUAUAACUUGAAUUGUUCAUUCCUGGGUAUUGGAUAGAAAGGAA